ACAGCCUCCCCCCAUUAACGUGCGAGCGACCCUUGGAACAUAGUCCAAGAUGAACCAGAGAAACAACCACCGUCUGGUCCUCUUCCCUCUACCGUUCCAAGGCCACAUAAACCCAAUGCUCCAACUGGGUCGGAUCCUUUACGCCCGGGGCUUCUCCAUCACCAUCCUCCACACCGACUUCAACGCCCCAAAUCCGUCCUCCCACCCUCACUUCGCCUUCCGAUCCAUCGCCGACGGCCUCAACCAACCGCAGGCCUCCGCAGCGGACAUCCCUGGCCUCAUGUCACUCCUCAACGCCCGGUGCGCGAGCCCCUUUGAGGAAUCCCUGCGGGAAAUAGUGAUGUCACUGCAGGGUGGUGAGGCGGCACCCGUCGCGGGCUUGAUAUCUGAUGCGAUGUUCAACUUUACUUGCGGCGUGGCCGAGCGGUUGAAGGUCCGUGCGCUAGUGUUGCGGACCGGUGGUGCGGCGUCACUUUAUGUUUACUCUAUAUAUCCAAUUUUCAAGGAAAAAGGAUACGUUCCAGUAUAUGGUUCUCGAUCGCAAGAGGCAGUGAAGGAGUUUCCGCCGUUACUAGUUGGAGACAUCCCGGCGGAAGACCCAAAGAAACCCGAGGCGAUUUUCCGGAUAUUGGAUGACAUGGUCAAGACAAUCAAUAACUCUGGCGGCGUCAUCUUGAACACGUUCGAAGAGCUCGACCACCAAAAUCUCGUUUCUCUCCAGGAAGUUUUCGCGGUCCCGUUUUUCCCGAUUGGUCCAUCCCACAAACGCUGCGGGGCAUCUUCCUCGAGCAGCUUACUAGCAGAGGACAGAAGUUGCAUCUCCUGGCUAGACGAACAGCCGCCCAGGUCCGUGAUCUACGUGAGCUUCGGGAGCAUCGCGGCCGUGAGCGAGACAGAAACCUUGGAGAUUUCGCUAGGUCUAGCAUGCUCGGAGCAGCCCUUUUUGUGGGUGGUCCGGCCUGGGUCGGCCCACGAUCCGGAGUGGCUAGAGAAGUCGCCGAGCCGCUUCCUCGAGGCGUUGAAAGGGAGAGGGAAGAUGGUGAAAUGGGCACCUCAAACGGAGGUGUUGGCUCAUCCUGCUGUGGGAGCAUUUUGGACGCACAGUGGUUGGAACUCAACUUUGGAAAGCAUUAGUGAAGGAGUGCCAAUGUUGUGCAUGCCUUGUUUUGCCGAUCAAGGAGUGAACGCAAGGUAUGUGAGCGAUGUUUGGAGGGUUGGACUGCACUUGAAUGGUGGGCUUGAGAGAGAGAACAUUGCAAGGGCCAUCAAGAGGCUGUUAGUGGAGAGAGAAGGAGAAGAAAUGAGAGAGAGGACUUUGGUUUUGAAGGAGAAAGCCAGUGCGUGCUUGAGACAAGGCGGGUCUUCAUACCAAGCCUUGGAUGCUUUGGUGAAUCACAUAUUGUCUUCUACAUAA